UAAAAUUGUAGCUUCCGUAUUACUAUCCCAUAAAUGAUCUUCUGAACGCUUUUAUAAUGAAAAUUUCAAAAUUGAGAAACAUCAAAUUGAACUAUAUGAACAGUUCAAAGUGUUUUUUCAGUGGGUACACAGGGAAGCACAUAUCCGACAAGGAAUUGGUCAAAAAAGAUGACAACUGGUACAUUGAGGAAACCAAUUUUUGCCUGGGAAGAGUGACGAAACUGAGAUUUUCCGAAAAGGACGAUAUGGCGAGGAGAGUUUUAAAAAUUAUGGACAGCCAGUUAAGCAAAAUGUACACACGGAUGCGAGAUGGAACGGUCAUCCCAUACAUGUCCUUUUAUUUGAAUGAUGUCAUUGAUAAGCCGGCCCCAAACCAUCAGUUUGUUGAGCAGCCACUGAUCAAGUGGACGUGGGACGAGGCCUACGAUGAGGCGUACGAAGAAAAUUAAAAAAGGUGAGGGGCUUGAAGAAGUUUGCUCCUAAAACGAUGUAGAAUGGGCAGAAUGUAAUCAGUGGCCAGAACGGAGAUGGGGAGAAACGGCGUUAAAGAAAAUCCGACAGGAAGAAGCAUCGCCAAUCUGUUCACACCCCUCCACUAUCGCAGUUUUGCAUUUUCUAACCAACCAGUGAUAGCGCGUGCAGCUAUUCAGUUGUGUGCACAUUUGAAUCGCUCCAUUUUUGCGUUCACUUUUUUUUUUUUUUGUUGUUGCUGCCAAUGCGGCAAAGGAUAAAAUUUAAAGAGGUGUCGAAAUUUUUCCGACAAGCGAACGAUGGUAACA